CUCGAUGUUAAAACUUGCGACGAUAAAAAGGGAAUCGCUCAUGCAUUUGAGUUGGCCUCUGCCGCUUUGAACUUUCGUUCACAACAAUGGCAGACAAUAGAAACUAUUUUAUCUGAGAAGGAGAAUGAGAUACUCGGUCUUGUAGAACAAAAUGAUGAGUUAGAAAAAGAAAACAGUGAGCUGCAGAAGGCGCUGGCGAUUUCUGGAGCAAGUCAAGAAAUCAUGAACGAGAAAAAGAGGCUAGCGGAUGAUAUUAAAACUUUUUCUGAGGAAACAAGGGGCCUAAGGAAAAAGGUUCUUUCAGAAAAAGAUUUUGAAAUUGUUCAACUCUAUGAAGAAAUUCAAAAGCUGAGACAUAAACUGAAUAAUGCUACCAUGGACAAAAAUAUGAUGGAUGUAUCGUUGCUUACUAAAACACUAAAGGAACGAGAUGGGGAGGUUGAACUACUCAAGAAAAAACUAUCAGAGGCCACUCAAGAGGUUGAAAGAACUGAGAAGCUUCUGGAAGAUUUGAAGUUAAAUAUGAGCACCAGUAUCAGUGGUACAACAGAUAAAAAGCUGGAGCGUAUUCACUCACUACAAGAACAGAUGAAAGAAAAGGACAAGCACCUCGCUGAAUAUGAACGAAGACUGAAAACUAAAGGUGAAUAUGGAUUGGCCGAAGCGGUCAGUGAACUGAAGGCGGUUCGUGCCCAAUUAGACUCGAAAGAAAGACAAAUGGAUGAACUUUGCCAGGCUGCCAGUCGAGCCGAAUCGGCACGGAACGAGAUCAGUUUGGAGAAUGAACACCUCCGUACUAAAUUGGGCAUUGCAUUAGAUGAACCAGUCGAUUUGGAUGGAUACAAACGAAUCAAAUGUGAAAAAGCAGAGGAGGAGCGUGCAGUGAAUGAAGUUCUUCAAAAAGAGAUUGAAAAGUUGGAAGAUGAGCGAUUGGAAUUGAAGCGCCAGUUACGUGCAGCAGCCAGGCAGUUGGGUCAAAAAGCAGCCAAUGAGAACGAUCAUGUGGACAUCGCACUGCUCAACAUUUGGACGGAUGAAAAUCAACAGCAGGAAAUCGGUGAAAACCUCACAGCCAGUGCGGUUUCGGCAAACUAUGCUGCUCCAGUGAGAACAGGCACAGGCGGAAUGGGGAAGGGAAAGCAAGAGCCGGAAAUCUACCGAUCCAGGAUUGAAGUGCUUAAUAAUGAGCUUGGUCAAGCCACUGAAACCAUCCAAAUGGAACGCAAGCUACAAGACGAGUUCAAAGUUCGUUUGUCCCAAGUGACCGAGGCAAAUGUGUGCUUGGAGGCUGGGCUACGAGAAUUGCAAGCCCAGUUGCGAACCGGCCAGGCACGACUACAAGCAGAUGACAAACGUGACGGUGGUAACCGACUGCCGAACGAGGCUGGCAAACCGGAACCGGUUCAGGCCAUCGAGUGCCCUUCAUUAGAUAAGCUGUUAGCCGCAUUGGAUGCGCAAACACUGGGUGAGGAUCUGGACACCGGCCGCUUUCUAAAAUCGCGAGUGGAUCACUUAGAAGUAAGCAAGAUGUGGAACGUGUCCGUUGGCUUAUUUAUCAAAUCGACACUCAGUCCUGUUUUCUUAAUUUGUUUUACUUCUGCACAUUCUGUUAAUUAUGCAUCAAUAUUGGACAGAAUUAUGCCGGGUAACAUAAGCUACGAACAAAAAAUAUGGGUACAUUAA